AUGAGUCUCUGGAAUUGCUGUAUAACUGACACAGAUCGGGUAGUAAAUCAAUCGAACGGUGAUCAUUACCAAAAAGCGACUAGUCGACACGGAAAUCACGGAGCAAGAAUGGGUGAAGAAGAGGAAAUUAAAAAGAUUACUUUGAAAGAUGACGAAUUCAGCGGUCUUAUCGGCAAUAUUGCUGGGAAUUUCAUUAAAGACAAGGUUGGUGGAAACGCUGGGAAUAUUUUGGCUGGACUUGCCGACAAUGUCUUAUCUGGAAGUGGAGGAGGAGGUGGAGGAGGUGGAGGAGGUGGAAGAGGAGAUUGGGGUAAUGGAGAAGGGAAUGGCGGUGAUUUCCGUGAGAAGAGCGGUGGCAUCGGUGGGAUUCUCGGCGGCCUGUUUGGCAAGAAGAAACAGCAAAAAGCGAACGGCAAUGGUUUCGGCGACUUGAUUGGUGGAUUUCUGGGUGGAGGAGGCGGUGGAGGAGGAAAUCGUGGAGGCGAUGGAGGAUUUGAUAAUUCUGGAGGUGGAGGGAAUCGAGGAGGCAAUGGAGGAGGUGGAGGAGGCGGUGGAGGAGGUUUCAACUUCAACGACAUCGCCGGAGUCAUCAACUCGAUUCAAGGCGGUGGCGGCGGCGGUGGAGGAGGCUCUGGUGUUGGCAGCCUUAUCGGAUCGUUAAUUGGCGGCGGUGGACGAAAACAGGAUCAAUACGGCGGUGGAGGAGGAAACAUUAAUCCAAACAGUUUGAAUGGAGGAAUGGUGAAUAUCAUUGGGAAUCUUAUCGGCGAGGCGGCUCAUCGUUUCCUUGGCGUUGAUCCGUCGACGGGAAAAAUCAUUGGAGCGAUUGCUGGCAAUGUGAUCUUCUCGCUUGGAGGAAAAGACAAUAAUCUUGGAAAUAUUGGAAAAAUCAUUCUCGAUAACAUUAUCUCUGGGAAAUUUCGAAGAGAUGUGAAUCCAUUUGUGAAGCCAGAACCCUCACCCUUUCCAUCAGGUGGAGGUGAUGCUGGUGGAGGCGGUGGUGGUCCAGUGAGGCCAGCUCAAGGCUUUGAGCCGAUCGACUUCUAUGAAGAACGAGACAAGUGUAUCCAGGAACGUCGUCUUUUUGAAGAUCCGCACUUUGCUGCCGCUGACUCGUCACUUUUUUCUCCAAAAAGCCCUCCAAAGAGAAUCACUUGGUUGAGGCCAGGGGAGAUUUGCAAAGAUCCCCAACUUCUCGAUGAGGGACACUCUCGUUUUGACGUCAUUCAAGGAGAGCUUGGCGAUUGUUGGUUGCUUGCAGCAGCUGCGAAUUUGACUCUUCGUGAUGAGCUUUUCUACCGUGUCGUUCCACCAGAUCAAUCGUUUACAGAGAACUAUGCUGGGAUUUUCCAUUUCCAAUUCUGGCAAUACGGUAAAUGGGUUGAUGUGGUGAUUGAUGAUCGCCUUCCAACAUCAAAUGGAGAGCUUCUCUAUAUGCAUUCGCGCUCAAAGAGUGAAUUCUGGAGUGCAUUACUUGAGAAAGCAUACGCCAAAUUAGUUGGAUCGUAUGAAGCGUUGAAGGGUGGAACGACUUCGGAAGCUCUCGAAGAUAUGACUGGAGGUUUAACAGAGUUUAUCGAUUUGAAAGAUCCACCACAGAAUGUCAUGCAAAUGAUGAUGAGAGGCAUGGAGAUGGGCUCGUUGAUGGGCUGCUCGAUCGAGGCUGAUCCAAAUCAAUGGGAAGCUCGCUUGUCUAAUGGACUUGUUCGUGGUCACGCUUACUCGAUCACUGGAAUUCGCAGUGUUGAUGGACCAGACGGUCAAGAGUGUAUCCUCCGUGUUCGCAACCCAUGGGGAAACGAAGCGGAAUGGAAUGGACGAUGGUCGGAUAAUUCUCGUGAAUGGAAAUCUGUGCCUGACAACGUUAAAGAAGAAAUGGGUUUGAAAUUCGAUCAUGAUGGAGAAUUCUGGAUUUCGUUUGAUGAUUUUAUGAAGAACUUCGAGAAGAUGGAGAUUUGUAAUUUGGGACCAGAUGUCAUGGAUGAGGUCUACCAAAUGACCGGAGUGCGAGCGGCGGCAAACACUUGGGCAACCAACAAUCAUGAUGGAACCUGGGUUCGCAAUCAGACCGCCGGCGGAUGCAGGAAUUACAUUAACACUUUUGCGAACAAUCCGCAAUUCCUCAUCGAGCUGAAAGACUCGGAUCCCGAUGAUGAUGACGAGUUGUGCACGGUAAUCUUUGCCGUUUUACAAAAAUAUCGUCGAAAUCUGAAAGCUGAGGGCUUUGACAAUGUGCCGAUUGGUUUUGCUGUGUACGAUGUUUCGAAUCAAAAUGUGCGCGAAAAAUUGGGAAAGCAGUUCUUCCAGGCAACAAAAUCCAGCAUGCGAAGUCCAGCAUUCAUCAACUUGCGCGAAAUGACUGCUCGAUACCGUGUCCCCCCAGGCCGGUAUCUCGUCGUACCCUCAACAUACGAGCCAAAUGAAGAGGCUGAGUUCAUGGUUCGAGUCUACACGAAUGGCUUCAUUGAGAGCUCUGAGCUCGAG